AUGUGCGAGAAGGACCAGCCUAAAAAAAUUAAUGAACACACUAAAAAUGAGCCUCAGCAGAAACGGGAACCUACUGGUUUAUUUUCAGCACCACUGACCUCAGAGAAUAAUGUGGAGGCUAAGCAUAUGAAUACGAUUGAGACAAAGAAAGUGGAUAAUGCUGAUAAGAGACCCAGAGAAAUCUCAGGAAACCAAAAUAAGCCCACCACCAGUGAUCCGGAAGUUGUAAAGAUCCAGGCCUGGUGGCGCGGCACCCUGGUGCGCCGGACGCUGCUACACGCGGCCCUCAGAGCUUUGAUCAUUCAGAGCUGGUGGAGGCAGAUGCAAGCGAAGCUACUGGAGAAGAGGCGGUGGAUGGCACUGGAGGCCUUUAUACAGAAGGAGUGGGCAGCAGUCAAGCUGCAGUCCUGGGUCCGCAUGUGGCGCAUCCAUCGGCGCUAUUGCUGUUUGCUCAAUGCUGCCCGCAUCAUCCAGGCCUAUUGGAGGUGCCACUCCUGCGCUUCCCAGGGUUUCAUCAAGGGCCACUACAGAGUCACGGCCAACCAGCUGCAUCUCGAGCUAGAGAUCUUGCUGGGCUCAGAGCCUUGCAUUGUGACGGAGUGUAUUCCCCUCCCAAUAAAGCAGUGA